AUGGCCUCCCUGAUCAUUCCCUCUGGGCAGGCCCUAGCCGCGGGCGCGGGCUUCGUCCCCUCUGGCCUGCUGGAGAGCGUCCUGCACACGACGGAGUCGCUGGGCCCGCUGGGCCCGCUGGCCUUUGUCACGGUCAUGUCGUGCGCGGAGUGCAUCCCCCUGUUCCCCACCCAGCCCCUGCUCCUGGCCUCCGGCCUGCUCUUCGGCACGCGCACCGGAGCGCUGUGCAUCCUGGCCGCCAACUUCCUGGCGGGCACCGCCACCUUCUUCAUCGCGCGCGGCGUGGGCCGGCCCUGGGCGGAGCGCCUGAUGGGCGCCGACACCACGUCCCCGCUGGCGCAGCGCGCGCAGCAGCUGCGCGCGGUCAUCGAGCGGGGCAGGUUCUGGCAGCAGGCCGGGACCAUCCUGCUCCUGCGCAUGACGCCCAUCGUCCCCUUCAGGCAGGGUCAUGGGGGGCUGGGGAGGGGUAUGCAGGAAGCGAGGGGGCCGAUGCUGGGGUCCGAUGCGCUCCUGAACAGGGAGGGAGCAGGCGGGAGCUCGAGCUCGAUGGAAGGUCCAGUGAGCGCUUCGAACUACAUGCUGGGCCUGACCCCCCUGCCCUACACGCCCUACGCGCUGGGCUCCGCCCCCGCUCUCGUCUUCUGGGCCUUCUUCUACGCGUCGCUGGGCGGCGCCUCCCGCUCCCUCCUGCGCCGCGGCGUGUCCCCCGAUGUGCUCUUCGCCGACCUGCUGGAGCGGGCGGCGGGAUUCUCUGGGGACGCGGGGCGUGUUGCCCUGGGGCUCGGCCUGGCGGGCGGCGUCUUCCUGCUCGUGGCCUCCGUGCGUCGCAAGGCCGCAGCCGGCAAGGGCAGUCUGGGGCCGGGCCAGCAGGCGGCGCCCCCUGAGGCCGUGGCGAGCGCCAUGCGGUCCAGCGACGAGGCCCUUUAG